AUGAAGCCUACUACAGUCGGACAGUGUUUCUUGGUGAUAAUAAUAGCGAGCUGCACACAUGUUGUCAUCUGCUCUUCCAAUGGAAACUACAAAGAUAGGCUCUCACUACUGGAGUUCAAAAAGACAAUAAGUCUUGAUCCACAGCAAGCUUUGAUGUCUUGGAAUGGCAGCACCCAUCUCUGCAGUUGGGAAGGUGUCCUGUGUUCAGUCAAGAACCCAAGUCGUGUCACUUCUCUUAACCUCACUAAUCGAGGUCUAGUAGGGCAAAUAUCCCCUUCACUUGGGAACCUAACAUUCCUCAAAGUCCUUGUCCUAUCGGCUAAUUCAUUCAGUGGAGAGAUCCCUAUCUCCCUUGGUCACUUGAAUCGCCUCCAGAUCCUCAGCAUGGAAAAUAACAUGCUGCAAGGAAGGAUACCUGCUCUUGCAAACUGCUCAAAACUAACAGAGCUAUGGUUGGCAAACAACCAACUAACCGGACAGAUUCCUGCAGAUUUUCCUCAGAGCCUUGAGAGUCUUGAUCUCACCACAAAUAAUCUUACUGGAACCAUCCCUGAUUCUGUUGCCAAUCUCACAAGGCUACAAUUAUUUAGCUGUGCCAUGAAUGAAAUCGAGGGGAACAUUCCAAAUGAGUUUGCAAACUUGCUGGGGCUGCGGAUCCUCCGCGUCAGUAUCAAUCAGUUGUCUGGUCAGUUUCCACAGGCAGUCCUGAAUCUUUCAAAUCUUGCUGUACUUUCACUUGCUGUAAACAAUUUCUCUGGUGUUGUACCAUCUGGUAUCGGUAACUCUCUGCCUGAUCUUGAGGCAAUAUUAUUGGAUGUCAACUUCUUUCAUGGGCAUAUGCCAUCUUCUUUGACAAACGCUUCCAAACUGAUCGUUAUUGAUAUAUCACGCAAUAACUUCACCGGCGUGGUGCCUAGCUCCUUUGGAAAACUUUCUAAACUAUUAAGUCUAAAUCUUGAACGCAAUAAUCUCCAAGCGCAAAACAAACAAGACUGGAGGUUUAUGGACAGCUUAGCCAAUUGCACUGGUCUAAAUGCAUUCUCGGUAGGAUAUAACUAUCUUACGGGUAAAGUGCCGAAUUCUGUAGGGCCCAUUCCAUCAUCCUUCUCAAACCUGUCUCAAUUGGUGUCGCUCGCUCUAGAAUCGAACCAGUUAAAUGGAGAGAUACCGCCAAGCCUAGGGAACCUCCAAGUGCUUCAGGCACUACUCAUUUCUUUCAACAAUCUUCAUGGCACUAUACCGAAAGAAAUCUUUGCAAUUCCAACAAUAGUGAGAAUUAGCUUAUCCUUUAACAGCCUACAUGGACCACUUCAUGCCGACAUUGGGAAUGCCAAACAACUCACAUAUUUGGAAAUCUCAUCAAACAAUCUGUCUGGAGAGAUACCUAGUACUUUGGGUAAUUGUGAAAGUUUGCAAAUUAUCGAGCUGGGAAAUAAUUUUUUCAGUGGAAGCAUCCCGCCUUUGCUUGGUAAUAUAAGUAACCUAAAUAAUCUCAACUUAUCUCAUAAUAACCUGACUGGGUCAAUACCAGUAGCUCUUAGUGGCCUACAGUUCCUUGAGCAACUUGAUUUGUCAUUCAACCAUCUAAAGGGUGAGGUGCCAACAAAAGGAAUCUUCAAGAAUGUGACAGCUUUAUGGAUUGAUGGAAAUCAGGGGCUUUGUGGUGGACCACUGGGCUUACACCUACUUGCAUGUCCUACCAUGCAACCAAAUUCAGCUAAGCACAAGCUUUCAGUUAUCCGAAAAAUAGUCAUCCUGGCAGCCAUAGUGCUGGUAUUUGCAGCAGUCUUUGCUAUUUUGUUGCUUCGUAGGCGAAAACAGAAGGCAAAUGCUAUCUCUUUACCCUCUGUUGGUGAAUUCCCCAGAAUUUCUUACAGUGAUCUUGUUAGAGCGACAGAAGGCUUUGCAACAUCCAAUCUAAUUGGUCAGGGAAGAUAUGGUUCCGUCUAUCAAGGAAAAUUGUCUCCAGACGGAAAAUCCGUUGCUGUCAAAGUCUUCAGUCUAGAGACAAGAGGAGCACAAAAGAGCUUCAUUGCAGAGUGCAGCGCUUUGAGAAAUGUGCGGCAUCGCAAUCUAGUUCGUAUCCUAACUGCAUGCUCAAGCAUUCAUCCUAAUGGAAAUGAUUUCAAAGCUUUGGUGUAUGAGUUCAUGCCACGAGGAGACCUGCAUAACUUGUUGUACUCGGCUCGAGACAGUGAAGGCUCUCCAUAUUUUAUCCCACUAGCUCAGAGAUUAAGCAUCAUGCUGGAUGUAUCAGAAGCUCUGGCGUAUCUACACCAUAACCACCAAGGAACCAUUGUACAUUGUGAUCUGAAACCUAGUAACAUUCUUCUGGAUGAUAAUAUGGUAGCUCAUGUUGGAGACUUUGGGUUAGCAAGGUUCAAAAUUGACUCAACAGCAUCAUCUUUUGUUGACUCAAGUUGUAGUUCUUCAGUUGCAAUCAAGGGAACCAUUGGAUACAUUGCUCCAGAAUGUGCUGUGGACGGUCAAGCUUCGACUGCGGCAGAUGUCUACAGCUUCGGAGUUAUUCUUCUCGAGAUGUUCAUCCGUAGGAGCCCAACAGAUGAAAUGUUCAAAGAUGGGAUGAACAUUGCAAAGUUAUCAGAGAUCAACUUGUCUGAUAAUGUGUUGCAGAUUGUUGAUCCACAGUUGCUGCAAGAGAUGAGUCACAGUGAGGACAUUCCAAUGGCGAUCAGGGACAGUGGACCACAAAUUCUGCAGUCUGUGCUGAGCAUUGGACUCUGUUGCACCAAGGCAUCCCCCAACGAGCGCAUCAGCAUGGAGGAGGUGGCUGCCAAACUACAUGGGAUCCAGGAUGCAUAUAUCAGAGGAAAUUGGAGGAGCAGUCCAUCAGCUAGCUAA